GCGCAUGCGGGGCUCGCUAGCUGCCUCCGGUGCCGCUGCCACUCCCGGGAGCAUGAAGGACCGAACCCAGGAGCUCCGCACGGCCAAGGACAGCGAUGAUGAGGAGGAUGUCAGCGUCACCGUGGACCGAGACCGUUUCAUGGAUGAGUUCUUCGAGCAGGUGGAGGAGAUCCGAGGCUUCAUUGACAAGAUUGCGGAGAACGUCGAGGAGGUGAAGCGCAAGCACAGCGCCAUCCUUGCCUCCCCCAACCCCGAUGAGAAGACCAAGGAGGAGCUGGAAGAACUCAUGUCUGACAUAAAGAAGACAGCAAACAAAGUUCGUUCCAAGUUAAAGAGCAUCGAGCAGAGCAUCGAGCAGGAGGAAGGCCUGAACCGCUCCUCCGCAGACCUGAGGAUCCGAAAGACCCAGCACUCCACGCUGUCCCGGAAGUUUGUAGAGGUCAUGUCAGAGUACAACGCCACGCAAUCCGACUACCGCGAGCGCUGCAAGGGCCGCAUCCAGAGGCAGCUGGAGAUUACUGGCAGGACGACGACCAGUGAGGAGUUGGAGGACAUGCUGGAGAGUGGAAACCCUGCCAUCUUUGCCUCUGGGAUCAUCAUGGACUCCAGCAUCUCGAAGCAGGCUCUGAGCGAGAUUGAGACCCGGCAUAGUGAGAUCAUCAAGCUGGAGAACAGCAUCCGGGAGCUGCACGAUAUGUUCAUGGACAUGGCGAUGCUGGUUGAGAGCCAGGGAGAGAUGAUUGACAGGAUCGAGUACAAUGUGGAGCAUGCAGUGGACUACGUGGAGCGGGCUGUGUCUGACACCAAGAAGGCUGUCAAGUAUCAGAGCAAGGCACGCCGGAAGAAAAUCAUGAUCAUCAUCUGCUGUGUGAUCUUGGGCAUUGUCAUUGCUUCCACCAUUGGAGGCAUCUUUGGAUAGAGUCCCACCUGCCAUUUCUGUCCGGACGGCCAUCCUGUGGAGGUCCCUGGCUGCUGCCGCCUGGCUGGGUUGCCCUCCCCCUUCUGGCUCGGACACCCUCAUUGCUACCCACCCUGCCCCUCUCCCCCAGGGCCCCAUCCCCACCCUGCCCUGGCCCAUGUUGUUUGCAUGAUCUGUGACAGUGUGUGUCUGUGCAGAGGUGGAGCACAGCAGGGCUGGGGAUGGGUCCCUGCAGGAGUCUUGGGGCCUGGUCCGAGUUGUCCAACCCUUACUUGGGGUCCACCCUUCCCUGGGCUCCAAGCCCACUCUGGACCCCAUCCUUGCCCACCUUCCCUGCCCAUCCUCCCUGCCCCCAUCCUCUCCAGCUGUCUCCUCAGUGCCGAGCCCAAAGGGUGGGGACCAGCUGGCCACAUGGUGCUGCUUUCCAGGGGAGGGGUGGCCCUGGGGGACAACCCCGCACUAAGCCUCUAAUCGCUGACCACUGCCAGGAGGCUUGCUACCCUACCUGGGCAAAGCCAGCAGGUCCCACCACAGCCUCCCUACCCGCAUCCUGAAGCCCCAGGAGACACCCUCUGGGCUGCACUGCCUGUGCUAUCCGAGCUGGCGGCACAGAAGCUGCUGUCCCCAAGGGCCUGUCAGGUUGGAAAGCCAGUGUUGCAUGUUUGGGACAGUGGUCCUCCUCUUGGGAAGUCAGACUUUACUCAGGCCUGCAGUCUCAUCCUGCCCUGCUGCCCCCUUUGAUGUGCCACGUGGUGUCAGGUGUCUCCGAUGCGAUGCAGUAUUCAGCAGCCAGCCUUGGGGCGCCCUGAAAACCGCCCCACCCACGCCCCCUCUUGGACUGGCGGGAGGUGCACGCAGGCGCAUGCGCGGGGGCGGGGCCGUGUCUGCGCCCCACCUUUCCUCGGCUUCGCUCCUGCCCCAGUGACUGUGACCACUGCCCUUGCUGCCUUCUCCCUUCGCCCCUCACCAAAGGUCUUGGUACAACCAGCUGCCCAUUUUGUGAAAUUUUUAUGUAGA